AUGAACAAGACACCGGAAAAUUCACCAAAACAACAAAAUCAACAAGUCACACCAACCGAAGAUGACAAAAAAGAGGAAAACAAAGGAAAAGUAGGUUUUUAGGAGCGUCAAAAAUUAGAAUUGUUGAUGAUCAAGUUUUAUUUUCUCUAGACUCCAGUAGUUCCACUUCCACACGAGACUCCAGCUGCAGUUCGAACUCGUCGAAAUGUUCAAGCCGAACUUCACAUCGGAUCACCAUCCGAUAACAUGUUGUCGCCAUGUACGAGCAAACUUUUCGGAAAGAAGGUUAGAUAUUUUGAAACAUUAUGAGAAAAAUAUAUGGUUUGUUUGAAAAUUAUAUUUUGAGAAUAAUUUCUUGUAAGCCAAAGGUACCUUUCGGAAUUUUUCGUGGCAAUUCGAAUUUUUGUUUUCAGUUAAAUCGUUUCUAAUUUUUUGAGAAACUGCAUACAUUCUAGUAAUGUUUAAUCAGCCGGUCACGAUCUAUUAGUCAAAUUGAACAAUUUUAACUCACUUGUAAAAAUCACAAUGUGAAAAAAUUAGAUCAAAACUUUUUUUCAAAAAUAUGGAUAGAAUUAGAUGAAAUAGUUUUUUUAAAGAUAUAAAACACCACAUCAUGAAUAAAUUAUCCUAUCUUUUAAAUAUUCCCAUUAAUCUCCACCAGAACCCUGUUUCCAAAAUUUCAUAAUUACAGAAAGCAGUGUCUGGACCAACCGCAAUUCUUCGCAACAAACAACAAUCAACAAUCCCUUUCAAAUUGGACGACGAAUAG